UUUUAAGGAGUUUGCCACGAGCGCGUCGCCUUCAUUCGCAGUCCGGGCGCGUCCUCAGCAGGAUCUCAGAGAGCCGCCGCUCCUCGCCCUAGUCCCCGCGGUCCUGGGCGCGCGUGUGCUCGCCCCUCGGCGUCCCCGCAGUCCCGGGAAGGCGGCUGGCCGGCGGGAGCAGGAGAGCCUCGGAGCCAUGGGCGCAGGCAGUUCCACCGAGCAGCGGAGCCCGGAGCCGCCGGCGGGGAGCGACACGCCGAGCGAGCUGGAGAUGAGCGGGCACGGGCCCGCGGGGGAAGCGCCGGGAGCCGCCGGGGACCCCGCCGCCGCGGACCCCGCCAGCAAGCUCCCACAGAAGAACGGUCAGCUGUCCACUGUCAAUGGCGUGGCUGAGCAAGGAGAUGUUCAGGUCCAAGAGGGAACCCAGGAUGGGCAGGAGGAAGAAGUCACUGUUGAAGAUGUUGGACAGAGAGAGUCAGAAGAUGUGAGAGAAAAAGACCGAGUGAAAGAAAUGGCUGCCAACUCUGCGGUUGCUGAAGACAUCACAAAAGAAGGGCAGGAGGAAACACCUGAAAUACUCGAACAGAUCCCUGCUUCAGAACGCAAUGCAGAAGAAAUGGCACAGCCUGCUGAGUCCCAGGCGAAUGAUGUGGGCUUCAAGAAGGUAUUUAAAUUUGUUGGUUUUAAAUUCACAGUGAAGAAGGAUAAAAACGAGAAGUCUGAUACUGUCCAGCUACUCACUGUCAAGAAGGAUGACAGCGAAGGGGCAGAAGCCUCAGUUGGAGCUGGUGACCAUCAAGAGUCCACCACAGAGACCGAAGAAGAGUCAGCACCCAAAGAAAGUGAGCUGAAGCAAUCCACAGAGAAGCCAGAAGACACCCUGAAGCAAGCACAGAGCAGCACAGGAAUUCCCGUUCAAGCUGAAUCUGGUCAAGCAACUGAGGAAGAAGCUAAAGAUGAUGAAAAACAGGACAAAGAACCCACCAAGUCUUCCGAGUCUCCGACCAGCCCGGUCAGCAGCGAGACAACAUCUUCCUUCAAGAAAUUCUUCACUCACGGCUGGGCUGGCUGGCGCAAAAAGACCAGCUUCAAGAAGCCGAAGGAGGAUGACCUAGAAACCUCAGAGAAGAAAAAGGAGCAAGAGGCAGAAAAAGUAGAGGAGGAAGAGAAAGAAAAGCCAGAAGAAGGUCCUGCUGAGCCAGCCCCUGCCUCUGAGGCGCAAGAGGCCACAGAAGGCACCAGUCAGGCCAGGCUGUCCGCAGACUAUGAGAAGGUGGAGUUGCCCCUGGAAGAUCAGGUGGGUGACCUGGAGGGAUCGCAGGAGGAGAAGUGUGCUCCCCUGGCCACGGAAGUGUUUGAUGACAAAGUGGAAGGCCACCAAGAAGUUGUUGCAGAGGUCCAUGUGAGCAACGUGGGAAAGGUGACGGAGGAGCAAGAAGGAGGGGAGGAGGCAGAAGGGGAUGUGCAAGAAAAGGGAGAAUCCUUGUCCCCUGAAAAACUGGCUGAGGCCCAGGAGGCCCCAAAGGAAGCCGAGCCUGCUGAGGAGCUGGUGAAGAGCAUAGAAGUGUGCGUCUCCGGAGGUGACCACACACAGCUGACCGAUCUAAGUCCUGACGAGAAGGUGUCACCCAGACACCCAGAAGGCAUCGUCAGUGAGGCGGACAUGCUGUCCUCUCAGGAGAGGAUCAAGAUGCAGGGAAGCCCCUUGAAGAAGCUCUUCAGUAGCUCAGGCUUAAAGAAGCUCUCAGGGAAGAAGCACAAGGGGAAACGAGGAGGCGGGGGAGACGAAGAGCCAGGGGAACAGCAACAGGUUCAAACCGAAUCCCCGGAGAGUGCUGAUGAGCAGAAGGGAGAGAGCUCUGCCUCCUCCCCUGAAGAGCCUGAGGAGAUCACGUGUCUGGAGAAAGGGCUGUCGGAAGCACAGCAGGAAGGAGAAGCCGAGGAAGGAGCUACUUCCGAUGGCGAGAAGAAAAGGGAAGGAAUCACCCCCUGGGCAUCCUUCAAAAAAAUGGUGACACCCAGGAAACGGGUCCGAAGACCUUCUGAGAGUGACAAGGAAGAAGAGCUGGACAAGGCCAAGAGUGCCACCUUGUCGUCCACGGAGAGCACGGUGUCAGAAAUGCAAGAGGAGGUCAAAGCUGUUGGAGACGAGCAAAAGCCGGAAGAACCAAAGCGCAAGGUGGAUACCUCAGUGUCUUGGGAGGCGUUAAUCUGUGUCGGAUCAUCCAAGAAGAGAGCAAGGAAGGCAUCCUCUUCCGACGAUGAAGGAGGGCCAAGAACAGUGGGAGGGGACGGUCACAGAGCGGAGGAGACCGGCAAAGACAAAGAAGCUGGGACAGAUGCUGCUCCUGCCAGCACCCAGGAGCAGGAUCAAGCGCAGGGAAGUUCCUCCCCCGAGCCAGCUGGAAGCCCUUCUGAAGGGGAGGGUGUCUCCACCUGGGAGUCAUUUAAAAGAUUAGUCACUCCAAGAAAAAAAUCCAAGUCCAAGCUGGAAGAGAAGACUGAAGACUCCACUCCGGAGCAGUUGGCUUCCGAUGUCGAACCAAGUAGAGAAGAAUCUUGGGUCUCCAUUAAGAAGCUCAUUCCUGGACGGCGGAAGAAAAGGCUGGAUGGGAAGCAAGACCAAGCCGCCGUUGAAGACUCGGGGCCAGUGGAAGUCAACGAAGAUGACCCUGAUGUCCCAGCCGUCGUCCCCCUGUCUGAGUACGAUGCCGUGGAAAGAGAGAAGAUGGAAGUGCAGCAAGCUCAGGAGAGUGCAGAGGUGCCCCAGCUGCAGGGGCCUGUGUACGUGUCGGAGGAGUUGAGCAAGACUCUGGUCCACACCGUGAGCGUGGCUGUCAUUGACGGGACCAGGGCCGUGACCAGCGUCGAAGAGCGCUCUCCUUCUUGGAUAUCUGCGUCCGUAACAGAACCUCUUGAACAUGCUGAAGACGAAGCCAUGCCUCCCGUUGAGGUCACUGAGAGAGAGGUCUUUGCAGAAGAAACUCCUGUAUCCACCCAGACUUUACCAGAGGGCAAGGAUGCCCAUGACGACCCAGUGGCCAGUGAGGUGGACUUCACCUCAGAAGCCAUGACCGCCGCAGAAACCACGGAUGCCCUCCGCACCGAAGAAGCCACCGAGGCAUCCGGGGCAGAAGAAACCACAGACAUGGUAUCAGCAGUUUCUCAGCUAACCGACUCCCCGGACACCACAGAGGAAGCCACCCCAGUUCAGGAGGUGGAGGGUGGUGUCGUAGACCCAGAGGAGCGGGAGCGUCAGACACAGGCCAUCCUCCAGGCAGUGGCAGAGAAGGUGAAAGGGGAGUCCCAGGUGCCUGCAGCCCAGGCUGCACAGAGAGCAGGGCCAAUUGUGCUGGAGAAGGUGGACGAGGUGGAGGAGGAUUCCGAAGUGCAGGCUGUGGGGAAAGGGGGGGAUGUUGUGUCGGAGGAGCCCAAGCAGGAAACUGAAGCUGAGCAGUUUGCACAGGCCUCUGAGGUAGUACAGGCUGCCCCAGAGAACCUUGAGGAAGUUCCUGAAGUCCUGGUGGGUCCAGAGUUGAAGGAGCGUGUCACCACAUGCCAGGCCCUAAAGCCGCAGCAGCUGAUGGAACAGGCUGUGGCCCCUGAGUCAUCCGAAACCUUGACAGACAGCGAGACAAACGGAAGUACUCCCCUAGCAGAUUCAGACACCCAGGAUGUGAUGCAAGACGAGACUGUUGAAAGCCAGGACAGUGAUGCCUUUGCUACUGUCGGGCAGUCACAGGUCACAGAGGCAGAGGCACCUGCUGCUCAGGAGGAGGAGCCUUCAACACCACCUAAUUUUCCACCCCAGGAAGAGUGUGGGGAGAAACCAGAAAGAGAUGAUGUUCUAGGACCUACCCAGCAAGAGCUGUCUGUGGAAGCAGCGCUCGUUCUGGCAAAAACUGAGGUGGGUCAAGAGGGUCCCCAGAUUGAUGGAGAAAAAGACAAAGGCGGAGACAAAGGCGGACUGUGUGCUGAAGAACUGGAGGUGUCCGUAGACACAGACGAACCCGACAGUCAGGUAAAGAUGGCUGAAGUGACAUGCGAUGGUGAGGUGACGGGAGUGUCCUGCCAGGAAAAUGAGAGUGUUGAAGUGCAGGGUGGCCUUAGCCCAGAGGAGAGGGAGAUGGGAACUGAUGUUGACAAGGAUUCGACAAUGGAAACAAAGCCAGAGCAAGUGAGUGAGGAACACAAACAGAAAACAGCCACUCCUGAGAACAAAGAUGCCUACCUGCAGCCCGACCAGACAGCUGGCAUGCCCGACUCAGAGAGGGGAGAGGCAGUGAGCAGCCUUGACACGAGCUCUUCUCUCCCAGACCAAGACAAAGCAGGUUCCCUAGAGGUUCAAAUCCAAAGCUUUGACACACUGGUCACUCAGACAGCGCUAGCUGAGGAAAAUGUAGAAACUGUCAAGGUUUCAGAAAGAGAUGAAAGUCUAGAGUGUGUAGCUGCACCCUUAACCCCAGCAGAGCAGUCCUCUGCAAAGGAUGACCAUUGCCCUCCUCAGCAAGGGGAGGACACUGUGCCUUUGGAGCCUGAGUCUCAGGCAGAGGCAGUCCCAGCCACACCACCACCUGCUCCUGCUCCUGAAAGGGCCCUACAUUCUGACCUGCAAGGAGAGAUAAGCCCAUCCCAGAAACAGCGACCAAAAGAUGACAAGCAGAUUAGUGGUGCUGACGGCCAGGAGAGUGCAGCAAGAGAGGAAGUCCUCGACGCCGAAGCCAAAAUCUUGGAAUUUGAGAGCGAGAGCAGUAGGCUUGUCCAGAACAUCAUCCAGACAGCGGUCGACCAGUUUGCAUGUACAGAAACGGCCCCUGCAACCUGCGCUGCCGACACUCAGGCGCAGGUUCCUGAGAUGCAGGCUGGUAGCCAGGGAUCCCAACAGAUGCCGGGCAGAGACGGCUGCCGUCAAGCCUCCAACCACGACGAAGUACCUACUGCUGCAGCCCAGGACGGACUGGUGAUUUCUGAUAUUUCCAAAGGCAUGGGCGAGACCUCAGAAAAGAUGAGUGUUCCUGCAGCUGAAAGUGCCGGUGUCAGAGACCAGCACUGUGAAGGGGUGAUUGUCUCACUCAAGGCAAAGGGAGAUGGAAAUGAUGCCAAACCUGUGCCAGGUGACGCUUGUGCCAAGUUAGAACUCUUCGAGAAGCCACCACCUGAAUACAAAGGUCAAAAGGGGCAUGCCACUGAUGGCCCCCAGCACCAAAGCCUCCAGGCAGAGGGGGAAGCCUCUGCAAAUCUAACCAAAGAGUCUCCAGAUACCAAUGGGCCAAAGCUAACAGAGGAUGGAGAUGUUCAGGAAGUAGGGAUACAGGAGGAAAAUAUGCCCACUGAGCCAGCCAGAGAGAUCAGGCCCCAGACAGAAGAGGACCUGCAGGAGCCAAAGGGAGACCUGGCAGAAUCCUAAGACAUUGGUCACUCAUUGUAUGUUUCCAAGACCAGAAUGUGAAGACAAGUCACAGAACAAAAUGCUGCUGUUAGGACCUUGAGACCAAGAUUUCAGAGCCCUUGAGACCCGGAGAGCAGGGCCAUCCACUGAUUCAAACUCCAUAGAGCAACCCCGACAAUCCUGAGGCUUCAUCGGGAGCUACAGCCAGUUAACAUUCCCUGUUUCAAGACUGCCUUUGAUUUUUCCCUUGAUGCCAUAUAUUUCUGAGUUAAGGUCCUACAUUUUCAGCCUGGAACCAAUGUUGGCAAUACCUAGUUCUCCUUCUCAAACUGGAGCAUCCUCCUCUCUGUAUUUAUAUGUAUGUUUUCUGUAGUCUUCCUCCUGUACCGACCUAUUGUAUAUUUUUUCUAAUGUUUAAGCACAUGCCUUUUGUAUUAUGCAAUAUAUAACGGGUGUGCAGCCAUAGCGAAGCCUUGAGAAGCCCCAAGCCUCAACUGUAUAACCUGUGGCAAACAGAGAAAGAACAGUCCUGCAGGAAAGUACAAGUCUAACUUUUUAAAGUUCUGAUGCUUAGGUCGUGGGUUUCUAGUCCUCUGAAAGUGGUCAUUUUCCUGGGCACAGCGAGCUUAGUAAUAGAACGCCAUUUUGAAACAUACAGCGUGUCCCAAUAUUACUGUGACAUUUUUUUUUUUUUUUCUAAUCUAGUCCAGGUUGGAAAGAAGUCUCCUUAGUGACAGAUUAAGCCCCAUCUCUUAAUGAUAUGGACAGAUGAGUGUGCCUAAGGCCAUGAGCUGUUUCCCAUGCAGAAGGGAUGUACUUUUUGAUUGUACUCUUAUAUUGCUGAACCGAAUUCAUACGCAGAACGAAGUGAGUCCUGUUCUUUACAAAUGGUAUUUUGAUAGAUACUGGAGUUUGUCUGUGUUAUAUCUGUGCCACUUCUUUUAAGAACUAUGUUGCAUUAUGUUCGUUUGGAUAAAUUGUGAUUUGACAGCUGAUUUAAAUAAAAUAUUUGCUUCACUUA